GCCCAAAACCCUAAACCCUUGUCGUUCUGCUGCUGCAACCCGGAUUGCUUCUCCAUCCACAAGACCACUUCGAAUUCCUUUCCUCUUUAUUUCUUCAAUGGCAUUAUAUUGCAGCAGAGCCAGAGCCAUAAUGAACGGGUCAUCUAUGGUGUCCAUCAAAUCCGCUAUUAAAUCUAACGUUCCCAAAUCCUCGCUCACCGGAUCUCCCCCUAUUCCCUCAUCCUCUCGAAGCACUCUAUCUCCCUCCUCUCCUCUUCGCAGAAUCUCCUCCUACAGGAUCCCGUGCGAGCUGGGAUGUAUGGCAUCGAUGUUGCCACUGCACAAUGCAGUUGCGGCGGCGAGGAUGACAUCAUGCCUGAGUACAUCAUCGAGGAGUUGCCGUGCGCUUUCACAGGGCACAUAAUAGUGAAAGAAUAAACUGGGAAUAUACAGGACCUGUCAAUUAUGGCUGCAUCGUUGUCAAAGCUUGGUCUGUCCGUUCCAAGGUGACUUAUUGCGGGCAAUCACCUAGAGGAGAGGUCUUUUUCAGGUGACUGGAGAAGCAAGGUUCUGUUAUCUGUCACUCUAGACAAUCGUAUCAAUUUAUAAGUGUUGGUUACACCCACAAAGCAGUGAAGCUAAUUUAAACUCUUCUUAUUUUAGGUGAAUUUUUUUUUCCUGAUAAAAUAGAAGGAGCUCUUGUUAAUACUGUUCAUGUUUGUUUGAUUGGUCAGACGCAUCUUGUGUGCUGCUUGUCAUUUUUUUGUUUCCCAUUAUUGAAUCAAUCCCGUAGGGGUAGCUGAGUGGGCA